CUGGUUCACUCUUCGUGUGUGCACGUGCCUCCCGGUGUUCACCUCAUCCAUGUUGCAGUAAUCGAGGCUUCGCAGCCAGUCUCCGGUGGUGACGGUUACGCACGGACAGGCAGCCACCUCCGUGCGCCCGGAGGAGAGGAGGCCACCAUGCUCUUCUCCUCGGACACCUCCUGCAACAUCACCGGCAGGAACUACAGCGAGGAGUUCAACUCAACGCAGCAGCUGGAGCGCGCAGCCGCUGCGGCUGCUGGGAACAUCAGCGGGAGGGCGAACGACACCGACCCAUUCGGACGGAACGAGGAGGUAGCCAAGAUCGAGAUCGCCGUCCUGAGCCUCGCGUUUCUUGCGGCGGUGGUGGGGAACGUGAGCGUUCUGCUGGCCAUGUACAAAACCCGGCGGAAACCGUCGCGCAUGCACCUGUUCAUGAAGCACCUGAGCCUGGCGGACCUGGUGGUCGCCUUCUUCCAGGUGCUGCCGCAGCUCUGCUGGAAGAUCACCUUUCGCUUCUACGGGCCGGACUUUCUGUGCCGCAUCGUCAAACACCUGCAGGUGCUGGGCAUGUUCGCCUCCACCUACAUGAUGGUGAUGAUGACCCUGGACCGCUACAUCGCCAUCUGCCACCCGCUGCAGACGCUCCAGCAGCCGACGCAGCGCGCGCACAUCAUGAUCGGCUCCACCUGGGCGUGCAGCCUGGUGCUCAGCACCCCGCAGUACUUCAUCUUCUCCCUGAGCGAGGUGCGCCCCGGCUCGGCCGUCUACGACUGCUGGGGGCACUUCGUUGAGCCGUGGGGGGUGCGCGCCUACAUCACCUGGAUCACGGCCGGGAUCUUCCUCGUGCCCGUGGCCGUGCUCGUGUUCUGCUACGGAUUCAUCUGCCGCACGAUCUGGAAGAACCUCAAGUACAAGACCCGGAGGAAGAGCGUGGGCGCCGUGGCCGAAGCCACCAAGAACGGGAUCCUGGGCCGGAACUCGGUCAGCAGCGUCAGCACCAUCUCCCGCGCCAAAUUACGCACGGUGAAGAUGACUUUCGUGAUCGUGCUGGCGUACGUGGUGUGCUGGGCGCCGUUCUUCACCGUGCAGAUGUGGUCAGUGUGGGACGAGACCUUCUCCUGGGCAGACUCUGAGAAUGCCACCGUCACGCUCUCCGCCCUGCUGGCCAGCCUCAACAGCUGCUGCAACCCCUGGAUCUACAUGAUCUUCAGCGGGCACCUCCUCUCCGACUUCGCCGGCAGCCUGCCGUGCUGCCGCCCGCUGAGAGACAAGUUCGUCCACCACGAUUCGGACAGCAGCAUCCGCCGGACCACGCUGCUGUCCCGCCUGCAGGGUCCCCGCCUCUCAGAGCCGUUCAGAGACCUCAACCCGACCCCGAAAAGCUGCGCGCAGUGCCCCUCUGCAUCCUGACCGCCGGAAACACCACCUGUGUGUGCGGCUGUCUGGCUCGCUGAGACGACACAGGAGGCAGGAAGUGGUCUCAGUCUGCUGGUCUGUGGCAGAGAAGGAAGGUGUCUCUUCUGAGGGUGGAGUCACACCCGCAGUUAGUUUCCUUUGGUCCGAUCCAGAGAGGAGAGGUUUGCUCCGGGGCGACUUUUAGUGUUGGUUUGUUUACGUUCACACCGAGUUUUAAGAACCAUUUUCAGAGUGAUGGGUUGGAGAUUUUAGGAGGCAGACAGUCAAAAGAAGUCCAGUCACUUUAGCUUUAGCUGUUAGCUGUUAGCAUUACGGUCUUCACGCGCUCUUUGCUGUAAUUUAACUGCUUUCGUGCCAAACGUGAAAAUGAGCUUGUGACGCAUGAAGAAACUAUAUGUAAAAUACAUGUUUAUACCUCUAAACUCUGGCGCUGCAGGGGUUUCUGCUGGUUCUGAGUCAGAUGAAGUAAGUUCCGGCUGAGGCGAGGACACACGGCGACACGAGAGGACUGACGGGACCUCGUUGUUCUGCUCAGCUGUUGCUGACGGAUAAAAUCACGCAGAGUUUAGUGUGAAGUCUUCAGUCCAGCUGCUGCCAGAUGUUCUCAUAAAGAUUGUUGUGCAGAUGUUUGAUCAUUCAUGUUUCCAUCAUGUGUCACACUGACUGAAUAUUUCUCUUUACUCUGCAGCGUCACACACAAAUGCACAUAAACGUAUCACAGCACAGUCACUCCACUGAAAGGGUCAAAUGACUGUUAAUCACUUAAUCUGCCACUUAUUUUCUCAAUGAUUGAUUAAUCGUUAGGUCUAUAAAAUGUCAUGAAAUGCACAAAGUUUACAUAUUCAAAUCAUUUGUUUUGUUCAAUCAUCCUUCAGACCCCGGAGAUAUUCAGUUUACUGUCACAGAAGAACCAGAAAAUCAGCUAAUAUUUACAUUUGAGGAGCUGGAACCAGAGAAUUUUCACUUCAGAACUGUUUGAGCUCUAAAAUGUGCUUCAUAGACCAGAAAUCUCUUGUGUAUCCAGUUCAGUCAGAGUUUGUAAUCUGAAUUAUUUCUGUUUCUUUUAUCAUCAGACAGUGAUAAAGACAACAAAUGUAGUGUUCGAUGUAUGUUAACGGUAAUUAAAAUGGCACUUUGUUUAACACGAUGUUAACCCUGUGAAUAUACGUCUUUUAUAGCUUUAAUGUGGAGACUCGUUCCCAGACGUGUGUUGUUGUGAAGAUGUUUUAUC